UGGCGUGCCUACUUUUCUUUCACCUUAGAAGCGGAGUAAAAGGGAGGACAGCCCACAGGGAUCAUAUCGAUGGUCAGGAUUUUUAGACACGGAGACAAGCAGCGCAGGAUUGGCAUCGCCUUAUUUAUUGAUGCAACCAGGACAGGACUACUUUCAGUAUCGCAUAGUACCGCAAUAUGAUCCUUCAACACCUCCUCUGGAUCCUGGACCACUUCAGGUGACAAAUAACACCGGUUUUUCGCAAUCUUUCAGCUCAUAUCAGCAGGCAAUGGACAUUGAGGCGCAUUAUGAGUUACCGCAAUGUGUUCGAGAGGGACUAUCUAUACGUUCGUUGUCACCAGCUCCUUCUUCUCCUAGCGAGAGCAUCAUUGACCAUGAGGGCUCUACCAAUCGUGACCAAAACUACCGACCGGACUCUAGUCAUGAGGAAUAUCGAUCAGAGACCUGUCAAUUGGCUGAAAAGAAGGCAACCGGUGGUAAACCAAGCAUCAUCAUGGGCUAUCGUCCCGGGUGCGAGCGUUGCCGGCGGCGUGAAAAAGGGCAUUUUGCUCACUUUGGAUGAUGGUGGCACACAAAGUGAUCAGUUCGGCGAAGUCCGCGGCAUGUAGUGGCAAAGUACAUAAGCGUCAGUUUCGUUUGACGCGUCAAAUAAAAGAUACGUCCAUACUCAUUUG